AUGAUUGGAAUUUAUAAUUCAGCAGACCAGGUGUAUAGCUUUCUCGGUGUUCCCUAUGCUGUACCACCGGUGGCCUCUCUUCGUUGGACGGAUCCACAAUCAGACACCUCAAAAUUGAAUCACUAUAAUGCAAAGCAACGUCAGUCGGAUUGUUUUCAACGAACAUUUCCAUUUGGCGUUGAAUCACAAAUAAUCGGCUCCGAAGACUGUCUUUAUCUCAACAUUUAUGUGCCAUCAAGUCCACCACGUUCGACCGCUGGAUAUCCGGUUGUUGUCUAUCUACACGGCGGAGGUUUUCAGACAACUGACUUUGAUCCACAGGGUUACAAUCUGGUUAAAUUUAGUCAGUCGAUGAUCUACGUACAUGUUUAUUAUCGUCUGAACGUUUUUGGCUUUUUUGCUUUGCCUGCAUUGAGUGCAGAACAUAUGCCGAUCGCAUCAUCGGGUAACUACGGCUUAAAAGAUCAACAACUGGCCUUGAAAUGGGUAAAUCAGAAUAUUGCCGAUUUUAACGGUAAUAAACAAAACAUAACUCUCGAAGGACACUCGGCCGGUUCAAUUAGCGUUUGUUAUCAUCUUUUAAAUCCCGAAUCAAACAAACUGUUUCGACAAAUCAUUUUGCAUGCAGGCGCAUGUGAACCGAGUCUAGCUGGACCAAACUCGUUGAUGGACAUGGAAGAACGCGGACAAGUGCUUGUUAACUCAACAAACUGUUCAGGUUUAACUGCUUCCGCUCAAAUGACCUGUCUUCGUCGAUUGUCAUCAUCACAAUUAUUUACUUUCGCCGGUAGUCUCGCAUUUGUUCCGAAUUACGAUGGUCUUUUCUUUGCACAAACAGCUCGACAGCUAUUUUUACAAGGUAAAUUUCCAUUGUAUCCAACAUUAGCGGGGAAAGCGGGCGCUGGUGAAAUGGCAACGAACCUCUAUACAAACACACUCGGUUUGCCUAUACCAUAUACACAGAUAACGUGGACCAAUGCUCCAUUACUUGCCGCUGCUGUUGUAAAUGCACCAUCGUCUCUCAACCAAACAAUUGCUGUAUAUUACUCACAGGCAAAUUAUGCACAUCAGUCCAUUAGUGAUCCGCUUUGGGCUGUCUCUGAUGCUUACUCAGCCUAUCUAAUUCAGUGCCCAACGGCUAGAGCGGCUCGUUUUCUGGCAGCUGGACAAGCAGUUGUCUUCUUGUACACUUUUGAAUAUGUAACUGUAAAUUUAUAUGAAGUUUACAGAAAUGCCAAUGCCACUCGUGCUCUACACGGCUCCGAACUUCAAUUCUUUUUUAAUCAGCCCGCCUUCUUCUCAAAUUACAUAUUCACACCGGCUGAAACACAACUGUCAUUAGCACUUCAGCAUUUAACAACUCGAUUCAUCGUACACGGAAAUCCAAACCAAAAUGAUACAUAUAUCGAUCAAAAAUUUCCUGCUUCUCCAGCACCCGUUUGGUCUCAGUAUAAUGUAACACAAGACAACUGGCUUCAAAUAACAACAGCACGUACAUUUCGAACAGCGAAUAAUUUGCUACAAAAUGAAUGUCAAAAUCUAUGGGAUUAUUAUCUUCAGUCAUCUGAAAUUCAAACGCCAGUGCAACGUCAUACAAUGUGCCAAACCGAUGAAUGUUCAACAGAUACUGCCUCAACAACUAUUCUUUCAAAAUUAACCGUAUUCCUAGUAUUUGUUUUUUCAGCUUUGGCCGGUUUAUAA